GCUAGCUACGAGAGCGGCGAGCAUGGAGAGGAAAGUAUUGGCGCUCCAAGCACGGAAGAAGAGGGCGAAAGCCAAGAAAUCCAGCAAAAAGCAAGCAGUGCAUCCCAGAACCCAGCCCCAGCCCCAACCAGAAACAUCACCCCAGGAACCUGAGGAAGAGAUCCUUGGCUCUGAUGAUGAGGAGCAGGAAGACCCCAAUGACUACUGCAAGGGGGGCUAUCACCAUGUGAAAAUAGGAGACCUUUAUAAUGGGAAAUACCAUGUGAUCCGGAAACUGGGCUGGGGGCAUUUCUCCACUGUGUGGCUGGCCUGGGACAUCCAGGUGAAGAGGUUUGUUGCUAUGAAGGUAGUGAAGAGUGCAGAGCACUAUACUGAAACAGCUGUGGAUGAGAUUAAACUCCUCAGAUCUGUAAGACACUCAGACACAAAUGAUCCCAACAGGGAGAUGGUGGUCCAGCUGCUAGACGACUUCAAGAUCUCUGGUGUCAAUGGAACUCAUGUGUGCAUGGUGUUUGAAGUCCUGGGACAUCACCUGCUUAAGUGGAUCAUCAAGUCCAACUACCAAGGUCUGCCUCUACCUUGUGUCAAGAGCAUCAUACGACAGGUUCUCCAGGGCUUGGAUUACCUCCACACCAAGUGUCAGAUCAUCCACACAGACAUCAAGCCAGAGAACAUCCUGAUGAGUGUUGAUGAGCCCUACAUCAGGAAGCUGGCAGCAGAGGCUACAGAGUGGCAGAAAGCUGGGGCACCCCCUCCCUCUGGAUCAGCAAUAAGCACAGCGCCAGCACCAAAACAAACGCUAAAAAUGUCCAAGAACAAGAAGAAAAAACUAAAGAAGAAGCAAAAGCGUCAGGCAGAGCUACUGGAGAAGUGCAUCAUGGACCUGGAGGAAAUGGAUAAAGCCCCAGGGGCACGAGAGGAUGAGGAGGAUGAGGAGGAAGAUCCACAGUCUCCCAAGGCACGGGUCUGUGCUCCCCUUAGGCAGGUGUGCCUUCAGGAUGUAGGAAAUGAGGAAACAGCAGAGUGCAAUGUGAAUGUGGCUAUUACAAGGCUGGGACCAGAUGGGCUGCCAGAAGUGAACUGUAAUGGCCUGUCCCAUGUGGAUGAGGAUGAGAGGCAGGCCCAGUGGAGGGACGAAGACAAACACAAUGGUAACACAGAGGAAUUCCCUGCCCAGGAGGGUCAGAACCAGGAGCCUCCCCUUUACUCCAUUUGCAACGGUUUGGACUCUGAUGAGCUCAAGCGGCUGGACACUGAGACUGAAGGCAGAGGUGCUUGCAGCAGUGGAGCGACAGAGGAGAGACAGAGGCCCUCUGUUAGGCUGGAAGAGGGAGAGGGGGAGCAGAGCCAGUGUCAGGAUGAGGCAGAGGGGAGGCCUGACUGUCAGUAUGGAAACUUGGAGGGCAUAAGAAAUGGCAAGCAAACAGCAGGAUCUCUGCUAGUCAACCCACUUGAACCACUCAAUGCAGACAAGAUCAAGGUCAAGAUUGCAGACCUGGGGAAUGCCUGCUGGGUGCACAAGCACUUUACAGAAGACAUCCAGACGCGCCAGUACCGGUCCUUAGAGGUACUUAUUGGCUCUGGAUAUAGCACGCCAGCCGAUAUAUGGAGCACGGCCUGCAUGGCCUUUGAGCUGGCCACCGGGGACUACUUAUUUGAACCACAUUCUGGGGAGGAUUAUUCCAGGGAUGAAGACCACAUAGCGUUGAUCAUUGAGCUGCUGGGGAGUGUCCCACGUAAACUCAUAAUGGCGGGCAAAUAUUCCAAGGACUUUUUCACCAAGAAAGGUGAACUGAAGCACAUCACCAAGCUGAAGCCCUGGGGGCUCCUUGAAGUGUUGGUUGACAAGUACGAAUGGCCUCGUGAAGAAGCAGAGAUGUUCACUGACUUCCUGCUUCCAAUGCUGGAGCUCAUCCCUGAGAAGCGGGCCUCGGCGGCAGAGUGCCUCCGCCACCCAUGGAUUGCCCUCUAGUGGUGCCCUCCUGCCAUUGCACCUCCCUUACAUUUCUCUCCAGAGACUGCAACAGAUCACUUUCCUAUUUGGGCAUAUCUUAUGAAUAUUUAUUUCUCUUUUGUUUCGUUUUUUUUAUUUUUUAAGAUUUACGUUCUCAUCAUUGAGGUAGUGCUUUUAUGUGCGUUUGCUUUGUUUAUGUUGGUUCCUCUCUCUCCCUUGUACUGAUUACGUUAGGAAUCCGGUGGAUCGUAUGACUUUGUUGUCAAGUUGGGUCAAACUGCUGUGCCCUCCGCAAACCCGUUUUUGUGAUCCUAGAAUGCCAGUGACUCAUCCCUGUUUGGUUACACUCCUGCACUAAAACCCCAAACGAACCAAGAAUAUGUAGCCCUCAAUGUCCAUAUCAGUUUUCAUUAGUGUUGUGAUCUCUUUGUUCAUAAAUUGUUUUUAUUGUAUUACACCUGUAAGGAUUCCUUUUGUAUUUGUAGAGUAGUAUAUAAGGAAGUUGCACUUUGGGCUGUCAGAUUUCCACCGACUAUUGUUGAACACACUGCGUUUUAUCAGUCAUAAUCACCUGUUUUUAGUUUCUCAUCAAAUCCAUACCAGUCUGAUAAUAUAGGCCAUUUAUCCACGGUAAGACCCGUUAUCCUGAAACUUGGUGUAGUAAUAGUAAUAAAUGAGAUCAUUCAUUUUCAUGGGAGGCUGGUAUUCUCAUAUGCUUAUGAUUCAGGAAUAUAUUGAUAGAUGAGUUUUCAACAAGAUGGCAUGUUAAGGAGCCCAGUUAAAAGGGAAAAAGUGAAAAUAAACUUUGUAUAUACCUGUACCAAAGAGUUUGCCUUGUUAUGUAUAUUACAGCUGUGUACAGUUUUUAACAAAUCUUACUAUGUCUUAGCUAAAAUUAUUUAGCUGGUUAGUUAUGUUUUAAUAAAACAUCUAUCUGGAAGAAGUCUGCCAGCAUUUGUAUGUAUGGCCAACUGUUCAAAUGUAAUUUUUAUCUAGAAAUAGUGAGAUCCAGUGUUGCGUAAUGGUACCCCAAAUUUAUCUACAAAUUAUUCUGUGUACCUGUUUAAGCUGAAUAUCAAUUAAAUGUUGGCAAUUCACAUUUACUAUCAAGGUUAACAACACGUAGAAGUAUGAGAAAUGUUAAUUUACAGGACUCUGUACAACACACCAUACAAUAAAACAUUGAUGCU